AUGCAAGACUUUGAACUAGAUGAUCAAAUUGGUACAUCGCAUAACCUUUUCUAUUUUGUACAGAGCUUGCAAGAACUGAUGGCGACGCAAGUCUUGCUGCAGAUGUCGAAGAUGCUACAAGACGCUCCUCUGCUCGUUUGUACUCGACCCCUGCAGCAGAUUCCGCGUCAGAGGUGGUUUGCGUGGUCUCCAGGUCAAUAUGACUCGUUUGCGGCAACGAAUUUGGCAGAAGCUCGAGGCUUAGUUCAACUGAGCUUGGCAGGACUCAAUCGUCUUAUUUUUUUGAGCCCCAGGUCAAAUUGGAAGUCACUUUAG